AUGGUCGCCGUGGGUCUGUCAAAAACGUUUUUUAUAAAUGAAAACUAAGAUCGGCUCAUGAAUUCGCACCCAAUUCAAGCAGCAUCAGACGGCGAUCUUGUGCUACGAGUGCCGUAAAGGAAGUGAUCCUAUCCUUUCUACCGCGAGGGACAUGAGCCCAGACACGGAUACAGAGUGCACGGUUGUACGGUUUGGAUGGGAAAAGGUUCUCGCUGAACAAGGCAGCAUAUGAAGUGAAGUGAAAAGCGGAGACAGCACCGAGUGUGUGACCGUGUGUGCCCAUUGCCCACCUUUUUCCUUUCCUGGUGUACUUGGUUCGCUGUUUGCUCCGUACAAGUAAAAGGGAUCGACGACAAAAGGGCCCGUAAGCCUUUUCCCGACCCUGUUUGCCUGCCGAGCGCCGUGGAAAAAGGCAUCACAGUUACGACUGCCGCAGCUCUUGGAUUGGUGGAUUUUGGAUCUUUUUUUAAUUUGAAGGAUAUCUUGUUUAUUGCGUGCGUUCUUAUCUUGAGAGUGCGCUUGCUCGUGAGGAAGAACCCUUGUGAGAAGGCGGAAGGCCUCGGAACAAAUGUUGCUGGUGAUUGCUAUCGAAUGACGCGUAUAACAUGUAUCGGUUUAUGAUUAGACACACAAUCCGACAUGAUCAUAUGUUGCGAAGGGCAUCCUGAGAUGAUAUUUCGGCCCGUGGUGAAGUUUCAUUGACACUAUCUGUAUAUUAAGAGGACCUGGUGAAUUGUUUUCUCCUCGUCAAUCAAUCUGUUACAGUCAAUCGAUACGUAUUUUUUUAACAUACAUGCAAAUUAUAAAUGCAUAAGGUAAAUGCACGUGGUAUGUAAUUGAAGAUUAAACAAACAGGGAAAUAAAUUGAAUCCAAGCAUACUUCGCGAUCAUCCAAGGUAACGAUCGUUCUGAUAAUGAGGCAACGUCUUACUUAAAAAGCUCGUGAAAUCCUUGCGACUAUGUGCAUAUUCCGUUUCCACUAGAAAGGAGGCUCCCUUAUCAGUGCAACUUAGCGUAGGCGUAAAGUUUAUUUGCAUAGGUGCGUGUAACAGUGAUAAUUUUGUUUUGUGUUGUGUGCGUGUGUGUUGUGUCACGAUCGGUGUGUGCAGUAAAACCAUCCACAAAGGAUCACCAAAGUAAAUCGACAAACUUUGGUGGAUAGAUCGGUCAAACUGUGAAUCUACUGUUGCACAUAAAUAGCGAGUUAAUGAACUAGGAAAUAAACACCACAACUCACGAUCAAUACCGAUAAAUAGUAUAAUUUUUUUAGCAUUCUGGAGUAGGUGUUACACGCCAACAAUAACGCCAAGAUGAGUCGUGUAUCAACACAGAAAAAGGAAGGCAAAAUGAGGAUCCGUGCCUUUCCGAUGACAAUGGAUGAGAAGUAUGUGGAGUCGAUUUGGUCGCUGUUGAAAAGCGCCAUACAGGAAAUUCAGAAGAAAAACAACUCGGGCCUUUCAUUUGAGGAGCUGUACAGAAACGCGUACACGAUGGUACUGCACAAGCAUGGUGAGCGGUUGUACAGCGGAUUGAAAGAGGUAGUGACACAUCAUUUGGAGUCCAAGGUACGCGAGGAGGUGUUGCGCAGCUUCAACUGCAGCUUCCUACAAACGUUGAACCAGUGCUGGAAUGAUCACCAGACAUCGAUGGUGAUGAUCCGGGACAUUUUGAUGUACAUGGAUCGCGUUUAUGUGCAACAGAACGAUGUCGAUAAUGUGUAUAACCUUGGGUUGAACAUCUUCCGCGAUCAGGUUGUUCGUUAUCCGCGCAUUAGAGAUCACAUGCGAGAGACGCUGUUGAAUAUGGUGAUGUGCGAACGGAAAGGUGAAGCGAUCGAUCAUAUCGCGAUCAAGAAUGCAUGUCAGAUGCUGAUGGUGCUCGGUAUCAACCAGCGCUGGGUAUACGAGGAAGACUUUGAGCGACCGUUCCUCACACAGUCCGCCGCAUUCUACAAGCUCGAGUCGCAAAAGUUUCUCGCCGAAAACAGUGCGAGCGUUUACAUUCGGCGAGUGGAGGCACGCAUCACGGAGGAGGCCGAACGGGCCAAGCUGUACCUGGACGAGAGCACCGAAAGCCGUAUCGUGGAGGUAGUGGAGGACGAACUUAUUAAAAAGCAUAUGCGUACGAUCGUCGAGAUGGAAAACUCGGGCGUUGUGUAUAUGCUGCAAAACACAAAGACCGAAGAUUUGGCCUGUAUGCACAAGCUGUUUUCGCGCGUUAGCGGUGGCCUUAAGACGAUCGCCGACUGUGUGUCACAGAACCUGCGCUCGCUGGGUCGCGAUUUGGUGAAGGAGGAAGAGAACGGUAGCACGAAUCCAAUCACUUUCGUGCAAAACUUGCUAGAUUUGAAGGAUCGGUCCGAUCACUUCCUUUAUCAUUCGUUUAAUAACGAUAAGACAUUCAAGAAUAUGAUAUCAUCCGAUUUCGAACACUUCCUUAAUCUCAACAGCAAAUCGCCCGAGUAUCUGUCACUGUUUAUCGACGACAAGCUGAAAAAGGGUUGCAAAGGGAUGUCUGAGCAAGAAAUUGAGACCAUACUUGAUAAAACGAUGGUAUUAUUCAGAUAUUUGCAAGAGAAGGAUGUGUUCGAGCGGUACUACAAGGCUCAUUUGGCGAAGAGGCUGCUGCUAAACAAAUCCGUGAGCGAUGAUUCAGAGAAGAACAUGAUAUCAAAAUUAAAGACUGAAUGUGGUUGUCAAUUUACCUCAAAAUUGGAAGGAAUGUUCAAGGAUAUGUCCGUUUCAAACACGGUAAUGGAGGAGUUCAAAAAUCACAUCAACAACGACAAUUCGGCACUGGAAGGCGUAGAACUCACGGUUCGAAUUCUAACCACAGGAUUUUGGCCAACACAGUCUGUAACGCCAAACUGCAACAUACCACCAGCACCACGGAAGGCCUUUGAAACGUUUAAACGAUUCUAUCUGGCCAAACAUUCAGGGCGCCAGUUGACAUUGCAGCCACAGUUAGGAACGGUGUACAUGAAUGCCGAAUUUUACGGUGUUAAGGCAGAAAAGGAGAAAACGGAAGGCAACUGUAGCAGCACGGCACCAUCUUCCGGAAGCAGCAGUGCGCCGGCUGUCGGUGCUGCGUCGCAGGAUGCUCCCAAACGACAUGUGCUUCAAUUAUCGACGUAUCAGAUGUGUGUGUUGAUGUUGUUUAACAAUCGUGAACGAAUGACGUAUGAAGACAUUCAGCAGGAAACAGACAUCCCUAGCAAAGAUCUGAUUCGCGCAUUGCAGUCUCUUUCGAUGGGCAAACAACAGCAGCGACUUCUGGUUCGAACACCGAAAACGUCUAAGGAUAUCGUUUCGACGGACGAAUUCUACGUUAACGAUGCGUUUGUGUCGAAAUUUCACAAAGUUAAAAUUCAAACUGUCGCAGCCAAGGGCGAAUCGGAACCGGAACGUAAGGAAACCCGGAGCAAGGUUGACGAAGAUCGGAAGCAUGAAAUCGAAGCUGCUAUCGUGCGCAUCAUGAAGGCACGAAAGAGGAUGCCUCACAAUCUUCUCGUAUCCGAUGUGACAACGCAGCUAAAGAGCCGUUUCCUGCCGUCUCCGGUGAUAAUUAAGAAAAGAAUAGAAGGUUUAAUUGAACGUGAAUAUCUUGCUCGUACGCCCGAGGAUAGGAAAAUCUAUGCGUAUUUAGCUUAAACAGAAAGCAAAUUAAAUCUUCAAAUAGAGAGAGAACGAGUAUAUAUAUACAAAGAUGUAUCGACAGUGCACGACAGUGGCAACAGCGUCAGUGAACUGCAAACAACAGUACUAAUAAGCACGCAACAGCCAGGUACGUUCUAUCUCACGCCAAAUCGGUGGAGAUUUGCCAACGAAAUGAUAGAAACCGUGAAAAAGAAAAAUAAUAGAAUCGAUGCUACAGCUCUCUACGUGCUCAUACGCAAAAUAACCUGCGUCUAGCAAUCGGACUACUAUCUACUACACGGGAGACGAGAUCGCUCAAGUGCACAACCGUGCGCUUUUUCUACUAGCAGGAAAAUUGAACAAUUAAUUAAUUUGUUUUCCGCCUGUGAAGCGUACUGCAAUUUUACGCAAGUUAAAACCAAUCAUUAAUUGUCAAGUGAGCAUAGGAUAGAAAGAGAUUGAAAUGACGAACACUCUCAUUUUAUCUUUGUUAAUGAUUAAUUCAAGAGGAGUGUUUGAGCGAGGUUGAAUGCAGGAUGAAGGAUGCAGCCUUGGAAGUAAUGCAGUAGGGAUGAUCGUUCAGAUGGCAUCUGUGUUGCGAGAAGAGGAGGAUUAUAUUGCUUUCGUGUGCAGUAAAUCCGUGUACCAGCACACAAUUUGUUCGUUCGGUUGCUAUGAUUCUUUAUUGUUUGUAUUUUUGAAUGUAAGAUCUUCUUGAUGAAUAGGACUCGUUCGUGAAACACUGAUUGCUAUCUGUAAAAGUGUUUCUUAUACAGAAUACACUAAAUUAUGUAAUGGAUCGAUCCUGCCCUACGCCCUCUGUAGUGAGGACUUGACUAUCUGACUGGUUACCGAGGUAACGGAUAAGUCUCUAGCAAGACAGGUAAACGUGUGUGAUCUUGUAGAUUGCUACGUAAAAUAUCAUUAUUGGAAAGGCUUUUUGCGCCGGCCUUGUGGUUGCAAAUAUUACACAUUAUUUUCAAUUUUACCUCCUGUUCCUGUUCAUUGCAGGGUUUGAAUGCGUAUGAAAAGAUGCGUACACGAUCGUGAUAGUUUUAUACUUACACCUGCAGAUAUCUAUUUAUGAACAACAAUGUCAUUUUACGAGACCGUGCACCGUGCAGACGGUUAUUGUGCGUCCAAUAGUUUGAGUGCAUCUAUAUUUCUUUUUAUUUUUUUCAAUAAGUAGUGAAUUUUGUUAUUGCCCUCUAUUUCUGAUUGCUAAAGCGUUAUUAUUUCUACCUUCACUCAGUGCAAGAGUCAACGAUAGGAAUAGAAAUGUCGGUGAUGCAAAUAAAAUCACACAGAUGCAGCAAGAUACGGGCUGGAAAUGCGCUCCAUUUGUUGAUAUGUCGAAAGCAUAUGGUUUAUGAUUUAGAAAAUUGUCAAACGAAACCACCAUGAAUUGCGUUCCGUGCUUUUGGUUUUGUUUGUUUUAAGAUGUGACGUAAUGAGAGCAUGAUCGUUUAUAUAGAUUAGAACUUAGAGAGAAAUUGUAUUGAAUUAUAAUUUUUUUUGUAUCCAUUCUGAGAUGAUUGGCAAGGUUAAAAACAAAACACACACAUUAAAUCGCAUCAAAAAAGAUAAGCACUGUCGUUCUACGAGCAAGGCGCGCACAUUUCAUCACCGAUGAAAAGGAACUGGAGGCGUCUCUGCAUGUGUAAAGAGCAUAGAGUUAAGAGCUGAAGAUAGAAAUGUUUUUUAAGGAAUGAUCUUUUACGUGUUGAUAUUUUCCAUUAAUUUUUGAACCAUACUUCUCCAUCGACCUUAAUCCUUUCAACCGUUUACUCUCCGGUAAGCUCCGCCUUCUGUGGAUAAGUAUAGAUAAUAGAGGCAGUCAGCUGUAGGGAAUGGUACACGUACACUGUUUUCCUCCGCAGGACAAUGGAUAUUGUUUGCUCAGUGGACAUAAAAGACUAGAAUAUCUAUUUGAACAAAGAUUGAUUGCAAAGUGUAGCUGUUGGCAGAGGAAAAGUCCCUUCAAACACUGUUCAAAUGGUUACAUGCUCGAGCUGAUUAGUGUGAACACUGCUAAACUAACUAAAACGCUAUGUAAUGUAAUUGGAAAGGAAUAAAUUAAAUAACUUAUACUUAAGAUACACGUAGUAAACUGCAGUGGCAGCAGCAGCAGGCAGGGCAGGCGAACCGAGAACGAAAUGUUUCAUGGAAAUGGAGAAACGCACUCACAUACUGGAAAAAAAAACUGUGGCUCCAGUUAGUCUUCUCCAAUAACAGUAGCAAUCAUGCGCAGGCGUUAAACCGAAAAAUGGAGAUAAAAAACGAAAAAGAUAAUAAAAAAUAAGGCAAAAUAACGGCUGAAAGGAAAGAUUCACCGAUGGGUUAAUUUGAUUUUGGAGGCAAAGAAUUGUGUAAAUUUGAAAUUCCUUUAAACAACCGUGUCUGGACAUGUGUUAAUAAAAUUAUCUAAUUG